UGAAAUCUUGAGACAUCAGCAAAGACCCCACAGAUAACAUCAGUGACGUAGAGCUGGUAUGGGGCUUCCUUGACAGCGCGCAAGCGCAGGACUGUGGCUACAAUGUAGCAGGAUACAAAUCGAAUCAAUCACUAGUCUACGCGACUCCGCCCAUAAAGGAAUGAAUGAAACUGUAUAUGGGGAUACCGAUAGGACGUAUUCGUGACAUCAAGUGUUAGUCCGUUUUAACUUCAAAUCACUCAAUUGCCCUGAAGCACGUAAAAGGAAACGGGCGACAUGGACAGGCCUGUUGAACCACGACAUUUCUCAGCAUGCGAAGCCCGGUUGGACAAGCACAUUGCGGGACUUUGCAGCGUCGAUUUCCCGGUAGCUGUGGUUCUUCCAGCUGGUGGCAGUGGAGAAAGAACGGGGCUACUGACACCCAAACAGUUCUGUACGUUUCUCAACAGACCUCUGAUAAGCUACACAAUUCAAACUUUCGAGAGAGUGCCAUGGAUCCAAACCAUCGUUGUGGUGGUUGCCAAGGAGAGCUUAGAUUUGAUGAUGGACAUUAUCCAUCGCUUCCACCACAGAAAUGUCCUAGUGGUACAUGGCGGAUCCACUCGCCACAGAUCUAUAUUCAAUGGGGUCCGCGCCCUCAGUGAGGGAGAGGAUGGUAUGGCCCGCGUCAAACCAAAGGUGGUCAUCAUCCAUGAUGCAGUGCGGCCCUUUGUGGAAGAGGACUUCCUCCUCAAGAUAACAAUGGCUGCCAAAGAACAAGGGGCUGCUGGGGCUAUCCGACCUCUGGUUUCCACAGUGAUUGCUACCACAUUGGAGGGCUACCUGGACCAUUCUCUGGAGAGAACCAUGUACAGAGCCAGUGAGAUGCCCCAGGGAUUCAUCUAUGAUGUCAUCUACCAGGCUUAUCAAAGGUGCAGUGAGUCGGACUUUGAGUUUGGCACCGAGUGCCUUCAUCUGGCUCUGCAGUACUGUGGCACCAAUGCUAAACUCAUCGAGGGCCCGCCAACCCUGUGGAAGGUGACCUACAAACGAGAUCUGGCUGCAGCAGAGUCCAUUGUCAAAGAGACUCUCUCCCAGUCGGCCUGUGUUGUCACAGGUGGCUCUGCACAGGCUACAGAGCUGGCCAACGCUCUGCAGAGGAGCAUGAGCGCUUUGGACAUGGAGGUGGAUGUGAUCUCAGACUUGAUAGGAGACAAUGCCAAAUCUCUGUCAAAAGAGUGGAACUUUAUUCAYGUUUCUGUCAACAGUUCUUGCUUUUCUGAAGUUGGAAAAAUGCUGAGUGCGUUGGAGGAGGCAGACCGAGCACUCCUGCAUCCAGUGGUCAUUAUUUGGGUUUAUUUGAACGUGUCGGAGGACGGUUCGUCCGCCAGCGAGCCGAUGGGAGGAGAGCRGGCGGCCAUGAUGGAGCUCGCCACAGGAGCCAAGCUCGGAAAUAUUUUAGUCUAUGGCAUCCAGCUUCAUCACUCAAAGAUGCUGCAGGAAGCUACACUUUGGGGGCGGUCAGUGGAGAAGGUGGCCCAGAUGUCAUGUGCUCUGAUCCGGGACAGAAGCCCCGCSCUUACAGGACAGCUGCUCCAGGCGUGAGCCAACCCGGAAGAGCAGAUCACUUCGUCCAGCCUCGCCUCGGACCACCUUUAUCACUACCCACCUACGGCUUGGCCACAAGGUGUGUGUUUGKGAAACACUCCAAGCCUUCAAACUCUGUAUGUCAUGAACUGCASUAGAAAAAGGAACAGUGUGAUGGAUUGGGAAGAGUUUAACAUGAGACGGGUGUAUAUGAAGACAGUUCGCUUUGCAAGUGUGUGAGACUGUCUAUAGUCCUAUGGUCUGAGACUUCAAACAGUACUGUGUUUCAUUCACAUGAAGAAAUACUACAGUUUACUAUAGAAUACUACAGUACUUACUAUAUAAUUCUGUAGUAAACUCUAGUAUAAUAUACUACACACUGUAGUAUCCCUCGAUCAUGUGUAGUCCUUACUAUAGAGUGCUGUAGUAUGCAGUAGAAUACUAUAGUAAAUACUACAGUAAUGUCAGCAUUUUUUUUUUAAACUAUAGUAAAUACUGCAGGAUUUAAUUGGCAUACACCAUGCCCAUUACCCUCCCCCAUAUCCCUAUUUGUGCCACCCAUAAUUGUGUUCCCUACAGGUUAUAGAAAAGAUCAGAAGCUCUGAACUAUCCGUUCAGAACCCAGUCCUACCUACCUACAGGUUAUGGAACAUUUGCUCUUUUAGUAUUUCCCCAAUAGGUUUCCUGAAGGAAAAAAGCCUCCACUUCUAUGUAAAAGAUAAUAAAACUACAGUAAAUACUACAGUAAUGUCUGCAAAAA